AUGAAGAAGAAGGCCUCCGCGUCCAGCACGCGGAAGGCAAACAAGAAGAAGAUGGUUCCGAGGAACGGAGCCCGAGUGGACCGUCGAGGCCUUCGCUGGGCCUUGCAGGCGCUCUUGAAGGAGAAGGGCGGAAGAACGGACCUGAAGUACGAGAAAGUGACCAAGACGCAUGACAAGGUCAUGCGCGAGGUGCCCAUCGAAAACCGGGCUGGCUAUCCACUCGUGUUCCCCAAGGGGUCCGUUGAUCCGAAGAAGUGGCGCACGAUCGAGGGCAAGGAAGUCAUCGUCGACUUUCACC